CAAUAAAUUGUAUUAGCGUAUAAUUAUGCUACGAAAGUACUAUGCAAAUUAUAUAAUUGAUUGUACGUAACUGAUUUAUAAAUAAUAGACCGUAACACAAUUACAAGAAUCUUGUCUAUGAAAUUACAGUUGACAAUCUUCCUUCGUACUUUCGCCUUAUUUCGGCAAACUUUCUUUAUUUUACUAAAUGAAUACUGUCAGCCUUAUAUAAUAACAGCUGAUUCUUUUCCGUGCAUCACAGUCAUCGUCCGACUCUCACUGCGCGAUGUUUUCUUCGGUCCCGUGAGCUGCAAUUUUAUAACAACGCAAUCAUCUCACUUCUGUUAUGACAUUAUUUACAUAAUAUAUGUAAUAUAUUGCUUGUUAUGUGUUAAAGUUACAACAGUUUAUUUUACUCUAUACUCACUAUAAAUGUUUUUGUUGAAAAUAUUUUGAUACUAUAGACUUCCACUUUCUUCCUGAUUAUACACAUUCAUACAUCUUUAUUCCUAUUCUAAAUAAUUAAUUAAUCUGAUUUCUUUUAUAAUAUAUAAUUAAUCUGGCGUAACUUUAAUCUUAUGAAUAUUUUUCUUACAGAUGUAUACAUCAUCAAUCGGUGCCUUUACAGCCAGUUGGCUGUUUCUCUGCUUAAUUAAGCCGCUUUAUAGCGAAGUCAUCAUAGAGAAGUCAGAUUGGAUUCCUUAUGAAGUCAAUAAUACUAUACACUCCGAUCCAAUUUUUUUUGAAGAACAACUUCAGUCUAAGAUUUCAAAACUUCCGCAAUACAUUUAUCAUCGUAAUUAUCAAUCUAAUUCAGUGCAAUCUGAGGUGCCUUCAAAAGACCUGUAUCCUGAAGCUUAUGUGAAAGAAAAUGUAGCAAACUCUAUGUCAAAAUAUCCGUUGGAACAAUCUUAUCAAGAGACUCGAAUAAGGGACGAAGAGAUGAUGCUGAAGAUGAGUAUAUUGGAGAAACUGUUAUCCGAAGACGAGAAUGACGUCGAGUCAAUGAACUCGAUCGAAGACAGCAUCUUCGCGGAGACGAGCAUCUCCGAAGAAACCAAAAGGGUCGCUAGACAAGUUCGCAGGCAGCGGCCGGGAUUCUUUUAUACUUUAGCAAGAGUCGCUUUCGAGACGUUCAACGAUACGCGUUCGGCGAUUAAACAAAUAAGCAAUAUUAUCAGCGAAAAUAUUGUACCAGAUACAACCACGCAACCGCCAAGGGUCAGUAGUAGUAAUUCAUUGCAAGUAAACAAUAUGUCUUCGACAACGGUCGCUACGUCGUUAAAUGAUCAAAAUGAUCUGUCCAGUAAUUUGACGACUGUUAAUGUAACAAUGAGCCCGACAACCACGACAACUCAAGCGCCUUUUAGAUUCACGCAAUCUGGAUUGGCAAAUUUGUUAAGCAGAAAUUUGCGCGGUUUGGUGAGACUCUUUAAUAUUGAAUGGCAGGAUGCUCUAAAUCAAUCAGAUAUAUCUGUGAGAGAAUUUCAAAAGAAUCUCGGAAAUCAAGUAGGCUCUUUUCUGCAAGAUAAUCCAAACGCCUUUUAAAAAUAACGAAGAAAGAAGAGUGAAUAAAUGGUGACAGAGUGACAGUGACAGAUUUGUGACAAAAAAUUUUUGACAGUUUCAUAAUUUAGCCAAAGACUACAGUGUGUUGUCACCGAAACAAAUAUUUAAAAAAUAUAUAUUUAUAUAUACAUAUAUACUAUUCUGUAAAGAGAGAUAACAUCUGCACUGUUGAGCAAUUAUGCAGCAAUUUAAUUUUCGGAUAGAAAAAAUAUAUAUGCGCGGGUGUAAAAAUAA